ACAAAGUUAGUACACGGAUUCUCGUUAUCAUGUUUCGAAACUCCAAGAGAAAUAUCGAAGACAUCUCUUUAAAUAUCAUAGAGAGUAAAAAAUCAACACACAAUCAGUUUCAGUGUUAGUGCAAGUAGAAGUACAAGAUGGGGGGACAUCUCUUCAUUUGGUCCUCCCUCGGGGUCCUGUUGCUCUCAUCCACUGUCAUGGCCUGCUGUGACGGCAAGGGACUCUGUCUGUUGGAAGCUCUCAAGGAAUUAAAGGAGUGUAAAAAGUCAGCGUUAGCUUCGUUGGGGCUAUGCGAGAAGAAAUUGUUACUAGUUUCAAUGUGCAUUUUAGAUAAAGAGCUAGCGUUGCCUCCUCCGCCGCCGACGAUCCUGCUGCAACCCGCGGCGCCCGCCCCGCCGCCGCCGCCCGCCUACCUGCCGCCCGCCCUGCCGCCGCUGUACCUGCCGCCCCCGCCGCCCAUGUACUUCGCGCCCCCGCCCCCGCCCUGCUAUAGCCUGCCCCCGCCGCCGCCGCCCUGCUACAGCCUGCCGCCGCCUCCGCCCCCGCCGCCGGCGCCGCUCUACCUGCCCGCGCCCGCGCCGCCAGCGCCCCUGUACCUGCCAGCUCCUCCUCCACCGCCCCCGGUGUACCUGCCGCCCCCGCCGCCCGCGCCGCUGCUGCUGCCGCCGCCUCCACCGCCCCAGUACCUGCCGCCGCCCCAGUACUUGCCGCCCCCGCAGUACCCGCCCCCGCAGUACGCGCCGCCGCCCGCCCCGUGCGCCGCGCCCCCCGCGGUGCCCAUGAACGCGUUCCUGGUGACGCCGCCCGUGCCCUGCUCGCUGGAGGCCAAGCCGCUGCCGCCCCCGCCCCGCUGCGCCGCCCCGCCGCCGCCCUGCUCCUGCAAAUACUACUAGUCCCACUAAGGAAUCCUAUUUCAUAAGUGCAACCGACAUAUUCACAAAUGUCCCGGUAGAUAGUAAUACUUUUUGAAAUUAAUAUUUUCGUAAAUUUGACCCUAAUUAAAUUUAUUUUGUUUUGGAAAUGAAAUUUGGACAUGAUGGUAUAUUACUAAAAUGUAAAUAAAUGUAUGUUAUACUUACAGAGUAAAGAAUAUUGUUAGGAGUUAUUUAUUAAUUAUAUGUUGUACAAAUAUACGAAAUUUAAUUUGAAAUAGGUAUGGUUUUUAAUUUCAUCAGCUCAAAGUCU